AACCGAGCCAUGUACUUGAGAGGAACAUAUAGUACAUCUUCCUCAACUAGGACUAUCCUUAAGCUGUGUGCCAGAAGAGGAAAGAACUUAUCCCAGCCAUGAAAGCUGCCAGAGAGCGUGUGGACAUUGCUUAUAUCUGCUAUGACAGGCUCAUUGUCCACCCUCCCUCCCAGAAGCCUGGAAGGGAUGAGAGAGAGCCAAGCCUGUGGGUGUUUUCCAACAGUGAUGAAGCUCCCAUUAACAAGAAGCUUCCCAAGGAGCUGCUGCUCAGAAUCUUCUCCAACCUGGACGUGAUCACAUUGUGCAGGUGUGCCCAGGUGUCCAAGGCGUGGAAUGUCCUGGCCUUGGAUGGUAGUAACUGGCAGAAGAUUGACCUGUUCAACUUCCAGACAGACAUAGAGGGUAGAGUAGUGGAGAACAUUUCUAAGCGAUGUGGAGGCUUCCUGAGGCAGCUGAGUUUGAGGGGAUGUCUCAGUGUGGGAGACGCAUCCAUGAAGACGUUUUCCCAGAACUGCCGUAACAUCGAGGUGUUGAAUCUGAAUGGCUGCACUAAGAUCACAGACAGCACCUGUCUCAGCCUCUCCAAGUUCUGCUGCAAACUCAAACAGCUGGACCUCACUUCCUGCGUGUCUGUUACCAACCACUCCCUCAAAGCUCUCAGUGAUGGCUGUAGUAUGUUGGAGACAUUAAACCUGUCGUGGUGUGACCAAAUCACCAGAGAUGGCAUCGAGGCUCUGACCAGGGGCUGUAACAACCUACAAGCCCUGUUCCUACGUGGCUGCACACAGUUGGAGGAUGGAGCACUGAAACCCCUCCAGAAACACUGUCCUGAACUAACCACUAUCAACAUGCAGACCUGCUCACAGAUAACUGAUGAUGGCUUGGUCAGUCUGUGUCGGGGGUGCCACAAACUGCAGAUGCUGUGUAUCUCUGGCUGCAGUAACAUUACAGACGCCUCUCUCACCGCUCUGGGGCUCAACUGCCCCCGACUCAAGAUCUUGGAAGCAGCACGAUGUUCACAUGUUACAGACGCUGGAUUUACUGUACUGGCCAGGCAUUGUCAUGAGAUGGAAAAAAUGGAUUUAGAAGAAUGUGUUUUGGUGACUGACAACACUCUAGUCCAGCUCGCUAUUCACUGCCCUCGCCUGCAAGCACUGUCUCUCUCCCACUGUGAGCUGAUAACUGACGACGGUAUCAGGGCGCUGAGCAGCAGCGUGUGUGGACAGGAGCGCCUCACGGUGGUGGAGUUGGAUAACUGCCCUCUGAUCACAGACGGGACUCUGGAGCACCUGAAGAACUGUCACCGUCUGGAGAGGAUAGAACUCUACGACUGCCAGCAGGUCACCAGGGCCGGCAUCAAACGCAUACGGGCCCAUCUCCCAGAGAUAAAGGUCCACGCCUACUUUGCCCCGGUGACGCCCCCUCCCUCGGUGCACGGCGGGGGCCAUAGGCUGUGUCGCUGCUGCGUCAUCCUCUGACAGUGGAGGGCCUGGGGGGGGCAGCUCUGUCUACAGGGCCUACUGCUGUGACCCCCCCCCCCCCCCCAACAAUAACCCACCGCCACGUGAUGAGACCGACCCUGAACUCCACCACGACUACACACCACUCUGAACCCCACCACGACUACACACCACCCUGAACCCCACCACGACUACACACCACCCUGAAACCCACCACGACUACACACCACCCUGAAACCCACCACGACUACACACCACUCUGAACCCCACCACGACUACACACCACCCUGAACCCCACCACGACUACACACCACCCUGAAACCCACCACGACUACACACCACUCUGAACCCCACCACGACUACACACCACUCUGAACCCCACCACGACUACACACCACUCUGAACACCACCACGACUACACAACACCCUGAACCCCACCACGACUACACACCACCCUGAACCCCACCACGACUACACACCACUCUGAACCCCACCACGACUACACACCACCCUGAACCCCACCACGACUACACACCACCCUGAACCCCACCACGACUACACACCACCCUGAACUCCAUCACGACUACACAACACCCUGAACCCCACCACGACUACACACCACCCUGAACCCCACCACGACUACACACCACCCUGAACUCCAUCACGACUACACACCACCCUGAACCCCACCACGACUACACAACACCCUGAACCCCACCACGACUACACACCGCCCUGAACCCCACCACGACUACACACCGCCCUGAACCCCACCACGACUACACACCGCCCUGAACCCCACCACGACUACACACCGCCCUGAACCCCACCACGACUACACACCGCCCUGAACCCCACCACGACUACACACCGCCCUGAACCCCACCACGACUACACACCGCCCUGAACCCCACCACGACUACACACCGCCCUGAACCCCACCACGACUACACACCGCCCUGAACCCCACCACGACUACACACCGCCCUGAACCCCACCACGACUACACACCGCCCUGAACCCCACCACGACUACACACCGCCCUGAACCCCACCACGACUACACACCGCCCUGAACCCCACCACGACUACACACCGCCCUGAAACUCACCACGACUACACACCACCCUGAACUCCACCACGACUACACACCACCCUGAACCCCACCACGACUACACACCACCCUGAACCCCACCACGACUACACACCACCCUGAACCCCACCACGACUACACACCACCCUGAACCCCACCACGACUACACAACACCCUGAACCCCACCACGACUACACAACACCCUGAACCCCACCACGACUACACACCACCCUGAACCCCACCACGACUACACACCACCCUGAACCCCACCACGACUACACACCACCCUGAACCCCACCACGACUACACAACACCCUGAACCCCACCACGACUACACAGCACCCUGAACCCCACCACGACUACACACCACCCUGAACCCCACCACGACUACACACCACCCUGAACCCCACCACGACUACACACCACCCUGAACCCCACCACGACUACACACCACCCUGAGGACCACCACGACUACACACCACCCUGAACCCCACCACGACUACACACCACCCUGAACCCCACCACGACUACACACCACCCUGAACCCCACCACGACUACACAGCACCCUGAACCCCACCACGACUACACAGCACCCUGAACCCCACCACGACUACACACCACCCUGAACCCCACCACGACUACACACCACCCUGAACCCCACCACGACUACACAGCACCCUGAACCCCACCACGACUACACAACACCCUGAACCCCACCACGACUACACAACACCCUGAACCCCACCACGACUACACAACACCCUGAACCCCACCACGACUACACACCACCCUGAACCUAUAACCCCAGGGUCGUGUUCACUAGGCACUAAAAGGAAGAUUUUUGAAAAUGGUUCUUCCCAAACUUAUUCCAGCGAUUUAAACGAAAUUGUUACAUUUUAUGUUAAAUCUUUUCCUACGGUCUGACCACCCCCCCCCCCCCUCCAUCACUACUGAUCUCUGAUCAAUACCCUGGACAUUGACCCCCCCCCCAUCACUAUGGUCUCUGAUCCAUACAGACUGAUUGAACACUACUGGUCUCUGAUCCAUACAGAUUGAUUGAUCACUACUGAUAAAUUAUCAAUUGGACUCUUCCUGAGGUUCCUACUCGGGGGAGGUCUUCUCUCUCUGACAGAACUCUGAGUCGACCAUCACUCACCUUUCAGAG